ACCUCACAUACAUUUCAUAGUUUCCUACUAAUACUCAUCAUUUUUGCUCCUUCAAAAACGCAUUUCUUAUUACUCUGAUCAAACUCUUCUACUCAAUUCAACUUCAACAUGACAUCCUCGAUCAAAUUGCAAUUGGUCAUCUUCGUAGCUGCUUCGUUCAUUUUUCAAGCUACUCUAGGUGAGGUUAUAUGCGAGGAAUUGCCAACAAACGUGUGCUCCUUCUCAAUUUCAUCAUCCGGAAAGAGAUGCAUUCUUGAAAACCAGGAGAACAAACAUGGAAAUGUAGAGUACGAAUGCAGGACUUCAGAAGUUGUUGUGGAGAGAAUGGCAGAACACAUUGAGACAGAUGCAUGUGUCAAUGCCUGCGGUGUCGAUCGGACCUCUGUCGGAAUUUCUUCCGAUUCUUUGCUCGAGCCUCAACUCACCGCCAAGCUCUGCUCCGCCGCUUGUUAUCAGAACUGCCCUAACAUCGUCGACCUCUACUUCAACUUGGCUGCAGGGGAAGGAGUAUUUUUGCCCGAUCUUUGCGAGAAACAGAGGACCCAUCCCCGUCGUGCCAUGCUCGAGCUUUUGAGCUCAGGGGCUGCCGCCGGAGGACCGACUUCCGAUCAUUUCGAACAUGAGGUUGCUGCUGCCCCGGCCCCUUCUUCAUAUUAGCUGGCCUGAUUUGUUUUACAAUCAAGCUGCUUAUUUGAUAUUUAUAGUUCUUGUAAUAUAGUGUAUAGAAAAUUAAAAUAAACGCUACAGAUAGGUUCUUUGAUUCAUUUCCUACGGGAAGUUUUGCAUGUUUUUUGUACUAUAUGAUCAUUUAUUUGAAUGAGAUUUACCGGUACGUAUA